CAACUGUCAACAGUUCAUUGCAAGUCUGAUUUCUGGUAAACGUGUUGACAAGUUUUGCAAGCAAACGUACGUAAAGGCCUACAGUUUUCUUCUCAUUAUUUGAUGCAUUUGCUAUGUGAAAAUUCGCAAGUUCUUGAAAAGGAAGAAAGCCUCUCGGGAUACAAUUAACUGACAGUUCACAUCUGUUCUUGCCUCGCUAUUGACGGCAUUAGAUGAGGUAUCCUUGGUGGGGAAGUGUUGGAAAAAUAUAGCAGCAACUGAAGAAAACCGAGUUUGUCGGAGCAUUGUUGUUGGUUACCUUGAUAUGAAGUUUUGAAGGAAAGGUGGUGUGUCUAAAGAUAAAUAAAUAGUCGUUUAUCAUAAUAUUUUUUUCUGCAAAGAUUCGCUGCGCAUACCAUCCUACCGGCUGUGGCAGGAACUAAAACCAAGAGAGAGGAUAUUAACUGAUAGCUCGGUGAAGUGAAUCCAUCGUUUGUUGCAAUUACAUUGUAGCAUGUGGUUGAAAAGAACCAAUUCUGGACAACUGGCAACACUAGAAGGGGGAGGGCAGUGGCCUGGUAAUAAAAUUAUGGUAUUAAAUCGACGCUGGUGAUGCGAAUUUGUUGUUAUUUAAUCGUGGGUCAGCAAAUCACUGAACGAACUCACAUUUUUUAGUUUUCUAUAUAUAUAACAUAGUUAGUUGCGAACUUUGUUGGAAUUUGGAAGGCUGAGUUUCAUUGCAACAUACUGCUCCUGUUUCAAAUCCUAAUAUUGUUGAAUAAAUAUUUACUCUUAGAGAAAGUCACGAUUCAUUCGGAUAAUUUUAGUCAUAUUUUAAAAGCUGUCCUCGAAGCGUUGGGUAGUCAGGAUUGGUGUUUUUAUGACACAAUUUGAAACCGACUACGAACAUGUAGGACCUUUUAACCUGUGCUGUAGCCCGUACAGGCUGUUGGGUGAUGGUUGGAAUAUUUUCACUUCAACGAUUCACUUUAAAUGACAGUAUGAAUAUAGCGAUAAAAUUAUGAAUAUUGAGGAGAUAUAAUUAAGCGGUUGCAGUUGUCUUAACACAUUAUGGCCAAGAGGUUGACGAAGAGUCUCACUGACAGACAUGAUGACAUUGGCAAGCCAAGAGGCGGCAGUGUUAAUGGAAGUGAACGAAACGAGUCGAAGCCAGCGCUAAUCCAUUACUUAGAAAGAAUUGAAAUCGAUCGCGAACUGGAGAAUUUUUAUCCUGAAGACAGAACUGAAGGGGAUUUUGAAGAACAAUGUCUGUAUCGGGAAAUGGAGCAGUGUUGGCCAGGUUUAAUCCCGGAAUGUGAUGUUUGCAUUGAUGAAAAGCCCCGAUAUCCUGCCUCUAGCAGGAGUGGUGACUGCAACAUAAGUGCCUUGUUGAAAGAGAUCAAUGUUAAAAAAGAAAACAUUCGAAGUACUCGACAGGUAGCAUGUGAUGUCAUUCGGGGAGUGGACACUACUCAUCAAGACCCUUUAAAACAGUCAGACAAAGCAAAGAAAAGGUCUGCCAAUAACCGAAGUUUGUUUUCAUCAAAACGCAAGCAGGAUGAGGCGACUGUGACAAAUGCUAAAUCCGAUUUUGGCUUUCGCAGGAAUCUUGUGAGCAGGAAAGCCGCAAUUAUGCGUGAGAAGAAGGAGGGGUGUGCAGCUAAUUUAGCCAAGGAAAUGGAAAAUAGCAUUGAUAAAAAUAUAAAUGCUCCAACCAGACAAGAGGCUCCAUAUGGAUUGAAAGAUUCGACGGUGAGACGGAAAGUCAGCCGGGUUGAGAUCAGAAUGGUGGGUGUAUCAACGAAUGACGAUAAUGACAGAAAUUGCGAAGCUAGAGAUAAUAUAGACGGAAUUAGGGGUAAAUCGCUGAGCGCUGGGUCGUUUGGAGUUCAGGAUUGUGAAGAGGCGUCAAUUAAUUCACCACCAUCCACGGAUUCUGGGAUGAGUGAAAGACACGAAAUCGCGAUUGAUGGCGAAUCCACUUUCAGACGUUAUGGAACAAUGGAGUGCCAACAAGAUUCGAAUGAUAUACCACCCAUUGCCAUGGUAACUCGUGGUAUCGGCAUUAACUGUCAAACAAAGGAUAAUUCCAAUGGAUUUAUAAGGCUGACACGCCAAAACAUAAUCAGUGGUGUAAAACCAAAUGAAAGGGGGCCGAAGGAUAUGAACAGUGAUGUUAAGUCUGAAAAUAUAAUCAAAGAUACACGAAUUGGUUAUAAUGGAAUGGAAGACAAUGACAGAGGGUCAUUCUGCAGUGCUGAAAUUGGUGUUGGGCGAAUUCCACAGGUCUCUAGAUAUAUAUCAUUUGUUAAUGGAGUAGAACCAAUUUUUAAUUGCAAGGCGACUAAUUGCUCCGAUAACGUGAAUGAAAACAACAGUUCUGAGUUACUUCCCACAGAGGAGGUAGUAGGGACGCAUCGUCUGGAGUCCGUGUGGAAAAGCGUGGAGAGCGAUUCUACGGAGUGCAGUGAAGAAUUUAACUCAAUGGGGCCAGUUAAAGGUUGUUGCGAUACGGGUGAUCGUGAAAUGUCUAUCACAAAAGAAACAGGUACAAUUAACGCCAAGGUUGACAAUCACAGGGUUGUUAAAUCAACAAAAUCAAAUAAAGCUGUUUCAAAAGGAUUUUACAUUGAAAAAAGAGAUCAUAAAAAUGAAGACACAAAUCUUUCCAGUGAUGCAGAGACGGAUUCCAUUGUUGAGAUUUCUAUAGAUGGCAGUGAGGAGGAGGAUGACGGUGGUUCAGCGAAUGAAAACAAAUGGAUGAUAGCGAUUGUUGAUCGCGAAAGGGGCGAGGAAAGUAGCUGUUUAAGUUUUUCAGACGGUUCAGCGGGGGACUGUGAAUCAGAAAAUGAAAUAACCAAGGCGGUUUGUGAAGAUUAUUUUUAUGACGACUUCCCUGACCAUGACCAAAUAAACAGAGAGGAUCAAGAGAAGAAAACAAUCAAAUCUUUAGGCUACUCUAAUCCUCUAUUAGAAAACAAGGGACAAGCCCGUAAGUCAAUUGAAAAUAGAACUUCGCAAAAAUGCAUUGUCAACGGGCACGUUCGCAGGGAUGUAAGUCGAGAUUUGAAUUCACCGUCCGGCAAAAUGUGGCGAAAAACAGUGGCAGGGAAGGACUCAGACAGACGCGGAUCGACGGAAGACAGGAGUAAAGUUAUCUGCCAAGGUCAAGGUGUCCAGUUUCGGCUAAACACGAAAAAAUUGUCGGAUAAUAAGCUUGGAAAAACAAACGAGGAGGCCAGCGAAACGGCGAGGAGUGAGGGAACCGUAAAGCGAAUCGUUAGUUCUGCCAAAUCUGUGGCUGUAAAAUCGGUCGUGAAAGAGGAAAAAACAGACGAAAAUGCGAAAAAAGUAAGGAACCUAUACAAAGAAGAGAUUGAAAAUAUAUCUAGUGAUUUAGGAACUGUAGAUAACCCGGAAUCAGACUUCAUAGACAGAGAGUUGACGGAAAUUUUGAACUACGAACCGCCGAAAUUAUCACUGCCGCUGACUGAAAAGGGGCACGUUGAAUUAAAUUUGCGAGAACAGGGUGUUGGAACUGAAGAAGCUUUAAAAAUGGAGAACAGCAGACUGAGCAAUUUGUUACUGGAAGUUGAACAAGCAAGAGCAACUACAGUCAAAGCCUUGCUAAGCGCGAACACGGUACUUCAUAAAGUAAACGAUGAAAACACGCAACUCGAGGGAACUUUAAAAAUGCUUGGCACUGAUAAAAAGUUCCUUGAAAUUGAGCUACAUGACUGUAAAGAAAAACUGAAGAAUUCUGAUAAAGAAAAAGACAUUUUCAAUGUACCUAAAGUAACAGAGUUCGAAACUUCCAUGGCAGUUAUUAUCAAUUCGUGGAGAAAAGAAAAACAAGAAUUGCUAGCUGCGUUGGCGAAGAGCUCUUUGCGAGUGCAGCGGGUCGAAGCAGACGCAGAGGGGUUACGUGUUGGAUUUCAACGCGUGAAAAAUCAACUGGAGAAUUCCAACACAACCUUUAAUAAACUGUUGGAGCAUAAUCUACAAGCAUCUGCUAAAGUUGAAGAAGAGCUACGCAGGCUGAAAGCAGAGAAGGAAAUGCUCUCUGAAAAAUUAAAGAGAAACAAUGACGACUCUGAGAGGGUUCAAAACUUGGAAAAUGAAAUCGAGGGCAUGAAGACAAACCUGGAGCUUUCCAGUGAAGAAAAAGAAGAACUUUUAAGUAAAAUUUCGCAUUUAGAGAAAAAGAACAAGCAGUGCAAGAUGGAAUGCGAAGAACUGCAGGAACAACUUGAUCACUCUCAAGAGAUUAUUGACAAGCUUGCUGAGAAAGAGGAAGAAUUAAAGGAUAAAUUAGAGAAAGAAACGAGCGAGAAGGAGUACCUACAGGAUUGCCUAGACGAAACUGGACAGAUUUUGCUUCAUUUGCGGAACAACGAGAAGAAAUUGUUGGAUGAGAAGGACGAGUUAGAAGAGGAUCUGGAAGAGGAGAUACAAGUCAACGAGAGUCUGCAGGAGUCAUUGAAAACUACAAUGCAGGAACAUCAGAGCUUGGUCAACAGGCUACAAGAUAUGACCAACGUUCACAUAACCGUGAAAGCGUCGCUGGAUGAAGCAAGCAAAAAGGAGAAAUCAUAUCAGCAGCAAAUUGCAAACCUGAACAAAACGAACAGCAUCUUGCACUACUCCCUUGAAAAAGAGAGGGAAGAGAGGAUAGAUUUGCAAGAGAUGUACGAUAAUCUAAACAGUCAAUGGAAACUUUACAAGCACGAGAAAAUAGUGGAGAAUGUAGAUAUGACAAAGAGGCUCGAUGAUCUGGCUGAAAAAGAGGCUGAAUUGAGCAUGAAGAAGGACGAGUUGACGAAGGAGAAUGAAAAUUUGCGCGAAAACCUGGAACACGAAGAGGAAGAGAACGAUGACCUGAGAAAGAAGCUAUCGAGACUGGAGCAGUGGAAGAAGUCAAAUGAAACAGAUUUAGAGAUGCUGCGGAGAGAGCGUGACUUAAGUCAAAACGAAGCGUCGGAUUUGAAAAAGCGGGUUGAUGAUCUCAGCCGAGGCCUGCAAAAGGAGAAGGAUCGUUAUGAGAAUAUGAUCUGCACGCUGGAAGAAGCGGAAGAGAGUCUAGAGAAAGUUUCCAAGAGUCUAAGUGAGACUCGUGAUGCAUGUUCGAAGUAUCAAAAGGAGGCCGAGGAAGCAAAAACCAGUUUGAGAGAAAAGACCAAAGAAGCACAAGAGUUGAAGUUGAAGCUGGAGGAAGAAACCGGUGAGAAGGAGAAGUACUCGAAAAGUUCGCUCAGCCUUGAAAAUGAGGUGGCCAAGUUGAAAAAGAAUAUUGCAAAGCAGCAGGAGGAGCUAGAAAAUAAUCAAAUGCAUUUCAAGAGGCUGGAGAGAGAAAAAUUAUGUCAACGGAAAUUACUUGACGAAAGCAAGCGGGAAUUUGAGACUCAUAAAGAAAGGUGCACUGUAAACAUUCAAAAACUGAGGGAAGAACUUGUUGGUGUACAAAAUAAAUUGGUCGAGAAGGACAGACAAGCCUUAAAAGAAAAGGAAAAUUGGCAAGAUGCAAUGGAAAACACAGCCGCUGAUUUGAAGCUGCUGAGAGAAUUGUUUGGAGGCGAAAUGCGACACAAGACGUCAAACAAAGGGGGGUCUUCCUUGCGGGAUGUUUUAGAGAGGGAUGGAGGGGAAAGGACUGAUAUCGAGUUAUUAAGAAAAGCGUAUCACAGGGCAGAGUCGGAGCUUUUGCGAGAUGUUACAGACCUUGAAGGGAUGUUGAAGACUUCUAAGGAAGAGAAAAACACAGUAGCUGUUGUUCAAAGUCCCAUGUCUAAAAUCAAGCUAAGUGAGAUAAAAAAGCUGCGGGAUGAGAUUCAUGAAUUGAAGAACGACCUUGUGGCAGUGCGGAGGAGAAUUUCAGAUAUUUACGAAGAAGUUGUGAUGCUGAAAAAGGGCGAGGAACGCGGUGAAAUAGACAAUAAAACAAUGCAACUUGAGGUGGAAGGAAUCGACGUUAAAUUGCAAAAGCUGAAUGAAGCUAUCUUCAAGAUUGAGGCUGAUCAUGAAUACGUCAUUGAAAGAAAUAGCGAGAUCAUUAACAAAGGAAUGCACCUUAUGAGUAGAGAAUUUGUUUCUGACGAAGUUGAUAGUUCAGGAGACUCGGCAUACGAGAGAGAAGAAAGAUACUAUGGCAGAAAAGAAAAGUCAGAAACGAGGUUGCCAGCCGGGGAUGACAGACUCAAAGGAGACAUUGAUAGUGUUAAGAAACCAAGUGAAAUGACCGCUAGCCACUAUGAAGAUAGCGGUUUGUUAUCAGGCAGUAAAAGGUAUAUAACAAUAAAAGCGACUGUUACAAAAGAUGAUACCUCUAUAAAGGCCGGUGGAAACGCCCCUACACAAAAAUAUGUGCCACCCACUAGUAUGCGGUACCCACCAAGACACCCAGGAAGCAAGCAGCAAUCAUAUAACGGAUAUCGAAGCAGUUACCACUCGAACGAUAGCAGUGGUAGUGACCGGACUAUAAUCGACCAAGCAGGGAAAAUAACUGCAGGGCAGCCCAAGAAACCGAGUUAUUUUGCUGCGGAAAUGUCCUUAUUUCAUCAUGACGAGAGUGUAGCGGCAAGUAUCUUACGGCGGAAAUUGGAGGGAAAGAGCCAGCUCCGGGAAUGUAAAAGUGAAACAGCCUCGAUCAAAAGCGCCAGCUCAUUACGAGGCAGCACUGUUGGUCGGUCAGCGAGGAGUGGCAGUGUUGAUGAUGAUGAUGAUGAACAUGACGAGGAUUCAGAUGUGUCUGUCGGUGACUUUCAAAGAAGUAAAACUUUGCCAAGAAAGUACAAAUCCAGGACUGGGUUAUCAAAGAUGGUAUAACAGUAAUUUGGAUAUAAUGUAGAUUUGAUGGGUAAUAUUGGCAACCCAUGCCCUAGCAAUCCAAAAUCAGUAUAGAACUGUCGUCUUUUCCCUCGAUUAAUUACACCUAAAGCCUCUAGACUUAAUUGUAUGCAUGGAACAUCAGGAGCCGAGUCCGUACAAUGUAAGCCCUCCUUCUCUUUUUUGGCAUCCAGCCCACAGGUGUAGGUCCUUGUGCGCGAACGACCUUAGGUGUCCCUUAAACUUGAGUACAAUGCUUUCGAAAUUCGCGAAAUUUGUAAGAAAUUUUCACAUAAAAGGCUUAAAGUUGUAAUAUCUUUGCCCGUCAACUAAGCUGAAGUCUUUAACUAACACAUGGCCCCUCUGUUUCAGUAAUCGAGCGUCCAGGGCGCGCAAUGUUACGCUCCUGAACUUACUGUCAACAAAUUUUAAGAAGAACCACUCUUUGUAAGUGCUCAAAGGGCGUGCGGUCUUGGAAUAUAUUUUAAUAGGGAAAUCUGAUCUAUAUAAAUUUCGAAAAUUGUAGUAGACCUCUCGUUUAAUCUAGCCCAUGACCGGUCUGCAUUUACCGUAGUUAACAUCCUGCCGUUUACUGUAGUUUACUGAAGAUAUUCUCAAAACGGCCUAAUCAGACCGCUUGUCUCUGCCUUUCCAUUGAUAUCAUUCCAACAACGACCUAAAAAAAUAUGUACCCAGUGCACGUGAAUUCCCUAUUUAUUCCUAAAUUGUCAAUGUUACAAUAUUUGAUUAAAUCAAAUGCUAAAACAUUA